AUGGCGCCGCCGCCGCCGCCGGCGGCGGAAUGCCCAAGUCGAACCACCGUGCUCGAUCUCGACGACGACCUCCUCCGCGAGGUGUUCCUCCGCCUCCCCGGCCUCCCGAGCCUCGUCCGCGCCGCCCUCUCCUGCCGCACCUUCCUCUCCGCGGUCCGUUCCUCCCCUUUCAAGGCCCACCACAGCCGCCCGGACCCGGACUUCGAGGCCGCUGCCCGCGGCGGCGAUUUCUCCCUCAGCGGCCUCCCACUCCCAGGCGCCGACGGCAGCCAACACGGCUACAAGGAGGAUGAGGGCAUCGAUGAAGAAGAUAGCAACAACCAGGAGGAGCAGUGCGAGGAGGACGACGACGAGGAUGAGGAGUACGAGGAGGAGGAGGAGGAGGCCUCCCACGUGUGGGAGAUUGAGCGAUGUUGCGACGGCUACGUGGUCGUCUUCAACCAGAGGGCCAAGCAGAUAGCUGCCUACAACCCUCUCACCCGGGCAUUGCAUCUCUACCCCUCGCCGCCCCGCCUCUUCUCCGAUGCCAUUAACUUCGAGUUCCACAUUAUCUCCUCCCAAGAGGACCCCGGCGCACCACCCCGUGUGCUGUGUUUUGAUUUCAACUUGUUUCAGGAGAAGGCGGUCGUCCGCCUCAUCUCGUCGGACAACAGCAUCAAGUCCAAGUGCCGGAAGUUCCCUGGCACCGGGAGCGAGGUCACUGGCAAGAUGGUGAAUGGGUCUGUCUAUUGGACGCACGCGGGGAAACCCUACAUCACCGUGCUCGACACCGCGACACUGAAGUUCACAAAAAUGGAUCUACCGCCGCUCUUGGCAGACCAGGAAGGCUGUAAGUGUGCUUUUGUGUUUGGUAAUACCAAGGAUGGGAGGCCCUGUAUCGUUUCCCCAGAUUUGUGGGGUGCUUGCUCGCUUGAUGUCUUUUUCUGGAGACCCGAGGAUGAGUAUUAUGACGAUGGUCGCAAUUACUGGUUGUACCAGACAUUUCCUUUGAAAACGAUUCGCCAGUUCGUUAAGUUCUCGAAAGGAGACGAUGGAUUUUUCAUUGUGCGGCUUAUGGAUGUUAUAGAUGGAAUCCUGUACCUGCGUACCGAGUAUGACGGGUGUACCGAGGCUCCUCAGUUUUUGCUAUCCUUUUGCCUCGAAACAGCAGAGCUGAAAAUGAUAUGUGAAGAUUAUCACAAGCCUGUCCGUCCCUACAUCAUGGCCUGGCCUCCUUCUUUGGUACAAAAUGAUGAGGGUCCCUGUUCAAAAGAUCAAGCUUUGUCUACCGCAAGCUCUGAAGGAUGUGAUGUGAAGGCUGGAGGUGGCCAAACAUUGCCUGCAUCUGUUGCGAAAGCAUAA